GCAUCUUUCCUUCUUAUUUGGUACUCUUCGAGUGGCCUUUAUAGCCAACGAUGUCUGCUUCUAGUCUUCUAUUCUGUUUUGCGUCUACAAGUGGGGACGUCUGUUUCACACGCCCUGAAAGUACAUCUUGGCAGCUUAAUAGAGAAUGUUUGCAUUAUACCAAGCAGGCCUCCUGCAGCCAGCCGGCCGUGAAGCGUCCUUGGACCAGACGGGCAAUUUUGCAGUCACUUUUAUCACACGUCUAUGUUCCCACCUUAGCCGCCCCGACCAAGUGGGCACGCCUCGCAUGUUGGCGACCGACGGAUCGUCAUCCUACUCAGACUCUACAUGGGGUGAUUUGGGCCAACGAUUGGUGGAGUUUGAAAGAGCAGCAAAAGCGAGCCGUUCCUCGGAGCAUCGUCCCAAUCAUGGAAGUUAGGAUCGAUUGACCGCGCAAAUUCCUUGGUGUUAUCUUAGAAGGAUUUGGCAACCAAGAUGGGUGGCACGGCGCUCCCGCUUGCCGUGCAGUGUGGGGCGGAAGCAAUAAAUGUGUGCAUGGAGUUUGCCGACUGCAAGCAGAUGACGAUCAAUGGCUUAGUCCAGUACCUCGGCCGGCGAUGGAAAGGAUGCAUGGGUCACUUCAAUGGAAUGUUGAAGAUAAUUGUUUGUGUUGUCGUGGUGGCGAAGUAAAGAUCGCGAUUGCCUCCCAGAGAGGAAGUUGUUAACGCACC